GGGACAAUCUUAAUUCUUCAAGUUUUCGUGUUUUUUUGUUUUGUUUUGUUUUUUUGUUCCAACCCUUUUCGUGUAAAGUGUAAAAGUAAAGGGGCAGGUAGGCCUAAAAUUUACAUUCCGUUGUUGUUGAAUACAUCGGCCAAUUGUAAGUGUGUCGUCCAAAAUGCUAAAUAAGAGUGUCUUGUACUGUAAACAAUAUUAUAUUAUUUGGUGUUAAGUAACCCUGUUUUGUAAAUUCCUCGUGACGAGCCGCAGCAAACUAAACGCCUCAAAGUUGAGAGAGUUUGUUUAUUCAGCGCAGUUUGUGUAAGGGGCGUUUACUCCACUCACCGAACUCAUGAAAUUGUCAAUCUACAAGCAAGAUACCACAAGGUCUACUCACGUUGAAAAGUCACUCAUUAUGUUUGCUAAAUAACAUCUCUCUGGAGCAGCCAUGGGGUCUGACGCGCAAAAGGAGAGACUCCUCGAGCUCUUCCACGCCUGUGAUGUGGACCACUCCGGGCGCAUUGAGAAAUGGGAGUUUAUGAGAAUAUGUUCCGAGCUGAAGGUCCGACCCACCGAGAUAGAUGACAUUUUCUCCAAACUUGACACCGACAAAGACGGCACGAUCAAUCUGGAGGAAUUUAUGGACGGGUUUCAAGAGUCACACUUGUUGAAAGACGAGGAGAUGAGCAGCGAACCCGCCGGGGAGAGUUCCUCUGCCGCCGUGGAGGAUUUUAAAUCCCGUCUGGGGGAUCAGCUCAAAUUCAUCCCCAGGAUUGAGCCGGUAUCAACUCUGUACCAGAACAUCAGUUUGACGGAGCCCAGAAUGGUCCCUCAGUAUGAACGAGUUCUCCUCAGUUUUAUCAAAGAGAUCCGAAUACUGAACACUGAAAUGGAGCAUCUGGCACUUGCUGUAAAGAGAGCUCAGGAUCAGUCGGCUAUACAGUUGAGUGAGAUGGAGGAAGAGAUGGAUCACCGCAUCCACAUGGCAGAGAGAAACACACGUCUACAGGAGUCUAAAAAAGCAGAGACGACUCUGAGCAGCAUGAAACACCAGUACGAGUCUCAGAUAUGUGAACUUCAGCAGAAGAUCCAGACUCUGCAGAUGAUGGAAAACCAGAACAGGAGUACCAGCCUCAAAGAGGAAACCUCAGCACUGAAACGACAGAACAAUGAGCUAAUGCUGCAAAACCAGAAGUUGAAACAGGAGCUUUUGGAGUCCCACACUAAUGUUGCGUUCUUGCAGAGUGAGCUGGACUCUCUGAAGAGUGAUCUCACAGACCAAAGCAUCAACUUUGAACGAGAUGAGGCUCUUAUGAAGUGCUUUUCUGAGGAGAGAGAUAACCUGGAGAGACAGAUCGAGGUGCUUCAGGCUGCAAACAGAAAGCUCCAUGACAGUAAUGACAGUUUGCGUACGGCCUUGGAGAACAGUCAGAGUAAGAGUAAAACUCAGCGUGUUAGUGGACUCUCACCUGGAGUUUAUGUGACCAAGAGAAAGAAUUCCUCUCAUUUUGAUCGAUGCUGUAACACAUGUGCGGACGAGGACUAUGAUCCUCAUUUUCGGCUGAUGGCUGAUGAUGAGUCUGAUGAGUCUCUGGCCCUGGCUCUGUGCGACCCCAUGCGCAGACGAAGCUUUGAGGAAGACAGCCUCCCCGACAGCUGUGUGGACAGCGGCAUGUCUACCCUGCGCUCAAAUAUGGGCUACGAUUAUGAGCAUGGGAGAUCUUCCUUGAACCUUCUCAUGAACUUCCAAGCAGAGGACAACAACACCACUGUGUCUGGAGACACAUCAGAUACAGAGGUUGUGGAAGUGCAAGAAGAGGCCGCGUUUGGGUCGGACAGCGAAUCCGAUCUGAGCUGGACUCUGUCAAAGCCUGCUGAGAAAGAUGAAGUUACUGCUUCAGGGAAGAAAUGCCUCUCUGCCAUCUUCACCGAGAGAGAGCAGGAUGAUUUGGCAGUGACUCAGCCUCCAUCUGAGAAGGCUUACAGGAUUGUGCUGGCAGGAGACGCCGCUGUGGGAAAGUCUAGUUUCCUCCUUCGCCUCUGUAAGAACGAGUUCAAAGGCAACACUAGUGCCACACUGGGGGUUGAUUUCCAGAUGAAAACUUUGGUGGUGGACGGUGUUCCAACAGUGCUGCAGUUAUGGGACACAGCUGGACAGGAAAGGUUUCGGAGCAUUGCUAAGUCUUACUUCAGGAGAGCUGAUGGGGUCCUUCUACUGUAUGAUGUCACUUGCGAGAAGAGCUUUCUUAAUGUGCGCGAGUGGGUCGACGUCAUUGAGGAUGUGUCCCAGGAUGACAUUCCCAUCAUGCUUGUGGGGAAUAAGACAGACCUGAGAAAGGAAGCUCUUCUGGAUGGAGUCACCUGUAUUCCAACCAGCUACGGAGAGAAACUGGCCAUGACAUACAGUGCCUUAUUCUGCGAGACGAGUGCAAAGGAUGGAUCUAACAUCAUUGAGGCUGUUCUUCAUUUAGCCCGAGAGGUGACCAAGCAUGCUGAUGAGUUCAAGAAGCCCGUAUCAGUGGCCAAACUGUCUGGAAACCCUAACAAAAAGAUGCCAAGCCCAAACUGCUGCAUGGGCUGAUGCGUGGGCACGUCACAUGACCCAGCGACAGCCCGUAAGCAGAUACGAAGUGAGGCUUGGACAUAGUGCUAAUCAAAUAUUUAAUCUUUCAACUAUUUAUUCAAGACACAUGACAUGGGAGAUGCCGGUUUGCGAUUGUCCAAGUUGUUUUUUUACUGUGCUAAAUGUGUUCAAGUAUUGUCCUCAGGACUGUCUCAUAGCUGUGUGUCAUGGGUUGCCUUUAACUGCCCUGCAUUUCACAGCUUUUAUAUUACAGCCAAUUAUUAGUAGCUUAUGAAGUGAACACACACUGUGUCAGGAUUUUAGUACGCUGCACUUUGCCUUUAUUUAUUUCAUGAAAUCUUCCUUUAGCUAAGAGAGAAGGAAUAUAUAAUAAUAGUUCUGUAAGUGUGUGUGGUAGAAUGUGAAAGUUGAAGUAAUGUGAAAAGUUCUGUUUAAGUUCUAAGAAGUGUAUGAAGUUGAUGGAAGUUGAUGCCUGAUGCAAAGCCUUCAUUUUUGGCUUGUAGCUUUAAAUUGUAAAGUUUAAAAAUCUUCCUAUAUUUGCUAAAGCAUUUUAAAACAGAUUUUAUCUUUAUACUAUCAUUGCUUUAUGAAUUUCUCAAGAGCACAGCUCAUAUAUGUAACACUAUAUUGUGUAAUAAACAGUGCACACUUAAAAAAAUGUAAUUAAUGUUAAAUGUAUUCACAAUUAUAUGAAUGACAUGCAAAUGUCUUAUAUGUAAUUCUUAUUUCCUGCUUAUUCCACUGUAUUUAGUAUUUAGUGCAUUUAUAAUUGAGUGAAUGUUGGUUUUAAAUUUGAAAUAAUACGGAAAAAUAAAGACCGCAAUGUUUUCACUCCAGUUUUAUUGUGGCAGUACUAACAUAUAAAACAGUUCCAUUUUUUUGAACAUAUAAACAAUCAAAAAUCACUUUACAAAUUUAAUAAGGCGAUUCCCAGUGAAUCUGGGAACUGAUUUCUUCUUUUUUUUCUCCCAGAGUUGUAUUUUUGGAUUUAAGUGACAGACUGUUUUAAACUGAAACAUUUCUAAUAAUGCCGCUAAACAUGCAAACAAAACACAUGUCACAUACGCUAUGCAAUCACCAAACACUGAAAAGAUUUCAAACCUCUAAAGAAAAAAAAGUAAAGUUGAACACGCAUUUUCCAGAUGUUCAGUUCAUUUGCAUAUUUUCUUGCUUUGAUGUAUAAUUAUUAUGUCUUUUUUAAAGGGCAAUGGGUUGGGUUUAUGUUUAGCCAUGUUAUGUAACAAUCAUCUGGGUUGUUUUUUUUUUUUUUUUUUUUUUUUUUUUUUUUUUUUUUUUUGCCACAAAGCUCUGAUCAAGAUCUAGAUCUUGAACAGGAAUUGGUGAAUGUUUUCUUUUUUUUAAUCAGUGUAAAGAAAUAACCAGUACAGUCAACUCUAAA